GACACAAUAAAAACAAAAUUAAUUUUAUUAUAGAUGUUAAAUACAAUCAUCUUAAUAACAACAUUAAAAAGCUGAAGCGAGACUCCUGUGACUAAAAGUUAUUAGUUUCUUUUGUUCAUAUUUAAGCUUUGAUAUGACUUCAUUUCAUUCGGAAAUCAUAUUAAAAAACGAAUAUUUUCCAUAUGAAGAAAAUAAUCCCAAUUAUGCAAAUCCCGAAGAAACAAAAUGUGGACAAGUUAUACUAGUGGCGAAUUGCAAAUUUUGUUUUGUUUGUACAUUUUGUGAUGCACGAUUCCAAAGUGUUGUUAUGUUUCGAAGUCACAUACUAGGUCAACAUGUAGAUGCUGAAACAUUUUGCAGUAAGGAUGAUCCCUUGGAUAUUGAAACAGAUGACGAAGAAAUUGAAAUAAAAUCUAGUUCAGAUGUUACCGAAAAUGAUUGCAAGAAUCUACUCAAUGAUCUCACAGGUAACAAUACUUUUAUAUCAACACAAAAGUGCGAUGAAGCGGAGAACUGCAGUGACAAUGAAACAGUUGCAAUAAAAUCUAAUCCAGAUCCAGAAAUCAUCGAAAUUAAAUGCAAUAAUCUUGUCACAAGCAAUAGUUUUUAUAUUCCAAAGGAUAAAGGAAACUACAGUGACUUCAAGACUGACCAGCAUAACUUUGAAACACGAACAGACAAAGCAAAAACACCUACUAUAAAUGAUUUAGGAUCAACAGAAGUGAUCCAGUUUGAUGACGACAACUUAAGUGCUAAAGAAGAUUCCAAAAAUGUAACCUUAUAUUGUAAAGACAUUGAAGAUUUACUAUCUCCACCAAAAAAAGUUAGUAUCAAAAGUAAACGGAAGAAAAAAGCGCAGGAAUGUUCAAUUUGCGAACAUAUAGCCCAAAAUAAGAGAUUACUACAAGCGCAUAUGACUAGAGAACAUGGAACUGGAACUCAAUAUCAAUGUGAAGAGUGUGGCAAGUGUUUCAGAAAUGCAUCCAAUCUUAAAUCUCAUCUGGUUAUUCACUCUGGAAAUCGUCCUUAUAAAUGCGAAUUUUGCAACUCGGGUUUCUCUCAUCCGAAUAGUUUAAGAACACAUCGGUAUAUACACACGGGUGAGCGUCCUCAUAAGUGUAAUCAGUGUGAUAAAGGAUUUGUUUCGAGUACCGGUCUUAAAAUUCACAUAAGGGAACAUACCGGUGAAAAGCCAUUCGUUUGCCAGUUUUGUAAGAUAGCCUUUGCCAAUAAAUACCACUAUAACAGACACAUUAUAAGCCAUUCAAAUCGAAGACCUUUCGAAUGCAGUCUAUGUGAUAAGGCAUUUAAACAUAGGGAAACGUAUAAUAAACAUAUGGUAUGUCAUACGAAUGAAAAGAAUGAAGUUUGCGAUUAUUGUCAGAAAAGAUUUUUUCACAAAAAGAACUUGCUUCAGCAUAAGAAAAUACAUUCGAAUGUAAAACAAUACAGUUGUAAAAUUUGCAAGAAGCAUUUCGCACAGAAUGCAGGUUUAUAUUCGCAUAUGAAAUUACACAAAAAUAAAGAGUAGAUAGUGUUGUAUGCCAAUGCAAAUAUUGAAUUUGAUUUAAUAAAAUAUAAAAACUUAA